AUGGGGGAGCCGAGGGGGAGCACUAAUAGCCGGUGGAAUUGGGAGGUGGCGGGGUUCGAGCCCCGGAAAUCGGCGGAGCAGAGAGAAGAUUACAGGAAGCCAACGGUGGCGCCGCCGUCCACUGGGCGGCGGUACUCGAUGUCCAUUUCGUCACAUUCUGAGCUCUCGAAGCACGCGGUUAACUCCAAGUUGUUGCGCUUGACAGACAAAGUGAAGCUUGUUAAAGAAGAUUAUCUGCAGUUGAGGCAAGAAGCUACAGAUCUUCAAGAUUAUUCAAGUGCAAAACUUGAUCGGGUGACACGAUACUUAGGUGCACUUGCUAAUAAGACUCGCAAGCUAGAUCAGGCUGCCCUGGAAGCAGAAGCUAGAAUUUCUCCACUGCUCUCCGAGAAGAAAAAGUUAUUUAAUGAUUUAUUGACGGCCAAAGGAAAUGUAAAGAUGUUUUGUCGUGCAAGGCCACUUUUCGAAGAUGAAGGUCCAUAUGUUGUUGAAUUUCCUGAUGAUUAUACAGUUCGCAUAAAUACUGGGGAUGAUAGUCUCUCCAAUCCCAAGAAGGAUUUUGAGUUUGACAGAGUUUAUGGACCUCAUAUUGGGCAAGCCAAUCUUUUUGCUGAUAUUCAGCCUUUUGUUCAGUCCGCGUUUGAUGGAUACAAUGUUUCUGUGUUUGCAUAUGGACAAUCCUGCUCAGGGAAGACGCAUACUAUGGAAGGAUCUAGCCACGACCGUGGUUUAUAUGCUCGAUCUUUUGAAGAGCUUUUUGACUUAUCGAACUCGGAUGCUACUUCAGUUUCUCGUUACAGUUUCUCAGUUUCAGUCUUUGAGCUUUAUAAUGAGCAGAUAACAGAUUUGCUUUUGGAAUCUGGAAAUGCACUAUCAAAGGUCCGUAUUGGGUCAUUAGAUUACAGUGUGGAACUUGUGCGGGAAAAAGUUGAGAAUCCAAUAGAAUUUUCCAAAGUUCUCAAAGCAGCCUUCCAAAAUCGAGGAACUGAUGCCUUAAAGUUCAAAGUUUCCCAUCUGAUUGUCAUGAUACACGUAUACUAUAAGAACUUGAUUACUGGUGAGAACAUGUAUAGCAAGCUUUCUCUGGUGGAUUUAGCUGGAAGUGAGAGUAAAAGUGUGGAGGAAGAAACUGGUGAACGUGCAACAGAAUUGGGCGAUGUUUUGGCAUCUGUGACCUCUGAGAAGGAUGAUAUUCCAUACGAAAACUCAGCACUUACAAAAGUUCUCGCAGACUCGCUGGGUGGAAGCUCCAAAACACUGGUGGUUGUUAACAUCUGCCCUAACAUGGCAAGCAUGUCUGAAACACUAUCAUCCCUUAAUUUUUCUGCUAGAGCCCGAAAUGCUAUGUUGAGCCUUGGGAAUCGAGAUACAAUCAAGAAAUGGAAAGAUGUUGCCAAUGAUGCACGUAAAGAAUUGCUUGAAAAGGAAAAGGAAAUUAGCGAUUUGAAGUUAGAAAGUAUGGGCCUAAAACAAGAUUUAAGGCAUGCCAACGACCAAUGUGUUUUACUCUUCAAUGAAGUUCAGAAAGCCUGGAAGGUUUCUUUCACAUUGCAGUCAGAUCUGAAGGCAGAGAAUAUAAUGCUUGCUGAUAAGCAUAAGAUUGAGAAGGAACAAAAUAUGCAACUAAGAAAUCAAAUUGCUCAAUUAUUACAAUCGGAGCAAGAACAGAAACUGCUGAUAGAACAAAGAGAUUCAGCGAUUCAAAUGUUACAGGCCAAACUGAAGAGUGUUGAGUCACAACUAAACGAAGCUCUUUCAAAUCAGACUAGAUUAUCAACUAGCCCUGGACCUCAGGCUGGAGAGCUUACAAGCAACAAAGCCGGGAGUGAUGAUAUGGAUUCUGCUGCAGUUACUCGAAGACUCGAGGACGAACUCAAAAAACGGGAUGCACUCAUUGAGAGGUUACAUGAAGAGAAUGAGAAAUUGUUCGACAGAUUAACUGAGAAGGCUUCCUUGGCAGGAUCACCUCAGGUUUCAAGCCCAUCUACCAGAGGACUAUCUAGUCUGUCUCAUGACAUGGGAAGAAAUGAUAGCAUGAACCCCAAAGGUCGCCCUGGUGAUGUUUCAUCACCUUUAGCCUCAGCCAAGGCAGAGAACAGUGUUGCCUUGGUCAAAUCUGGUACUGAUAUUGUCAAGACGACCCCAGCUGGCGAAUAUCUUACUUCUGCCCUGAAUGAUUUCGACCCAGACCAAUAUGACAGUCUUGCUGCAAUAUCAGAUGGAGCAAACAAGCUUUUGAUGUUGGUUCUGGCUGCAGUCAUUAAGGCUGGUGCCUCAAGAGAACAUGAAAUACUUGCUGAAAUAAGAGAUGCUGUUUUUGCCUUUAUUCGUAAAAUGGAGCCAAAAAGGGUGAUGGAUACUAUGCUUGUUUCUCGUGUCAGGAUUCUCUACAUACGAUCCCUGCUUGCUCGUUCACCUGAGCUGCAAUCAAUUAAGGUUUCUCCUAUUGACCGCUUUCUAGAGAAACCUAAUAGCGGGCGCAGCAGAAGCUCUAGCCGUGGUAGCAGCCCAGGGAAAUCUCCUGUGCGCUAUGACAGCACGAGAAAUAUGCUGGUCGAGGAACAGAUUCAAGGCUUUAAAGUAAAUAUAAAGCCUGAAAAGAAGUCAAAGUUGUCAUCAGUAGUUCUAAAGAUACGUGGAAUUGAUCAGGAUACGUGGAGCAAGCUUAUAACAGGUGGAAAACUCAGAGAAAUAACCGAGGAUGCAAAAAGCUUUGCAAUUGGGAACAAGGCUCUUGCGGCUCUUUUUGUUCAUACUCCAGCUGGCGAGCUCCAGCGUCAAAUCCGAAAUUGGCUUGCGGACAACUUUGAUUUUCUCUCUGUUGCUGAUGACACAGUAGCUGGCUCGACUGGACAGCUGGAGCUUCUCUCGACUGCUAUAAUGGAUGGUUGGAUGGCUGGUCUAGGUGCCGCUCAACCACCUAAUACAGAUGCUCUCGGCCAGCUUUUGUCUGAAUAUGGCAGACGUGUUUAUACUUCUCAACUACAGCACUUGAAGGAUAUUGCAGGUACUUUGGCCACUGAAGUUGCCGAAGAUUCUGCACAAGUAGCUAAGCUACGUUCAGCUCUUGAAUCUGUUGAUCACAAGAGAAGGAAGAUACUGCAACAAAUGAAAAAUGACAUGGCGAUGUUGAGUUUGGAAGAUGGAGCCACACCCAUUAAAAAUCCUUCAACUGCCGCCGAGGAUUCAAGGCUGGCAUCAUUAAUUUCGCUCGAUGGCAUAUUGAAACAAAUCAAGGAUGUAACGAGGCAAACUUCUACUAAUGUUCUGAGUAAGACUAAGAAAAGGCAAAUGCUUGCAUCUCUAGAUGAACUUUCUGGGCAAAUGCCUUCUUUACUUGACAUAGAUCAUCCGUGUGCUCAAAGACAUAUUGCUGAGGCUCGUCAAGCGGUAGAGUCCACUCCCGAAGAAGACGACAAGCUUGUAGACCCAUCACACGCCACCCGACUCGCAAGCAGCAGCUCGGAAACUGACGUGGCACAAUGGAAUGUGCUGCAAUUCAACACGGGGUCCACCACCCCAUUCAUCAUCAAGUGUGGGGCUAACUCGAGUUCUGAGCUGGUCAUAAAGGCGGAUGCCCGCGUGCAGGAGCCAAAGGGUGGGGAGAUCGUCCGGGUCGUCCCAAAACCAACUGUCCUCGAGAACAUGAGCCUGGACGAGAUGAAAGAAAUCUUCAAGAAUCUUCCCGAAGCCCUGAGCCUGCUGGCCCUGGCCAGGACAGCCGACGGCACGCGGGCCCGGUAUUCCAGGUUGUACCGUACUCUGGCCAUGAAGGUGCCAGCCUUGAGGGACUUAGUUGGCGAGCUCGAGAAAGGGGGAGUGCUCAAGGAUGUCAAGUCGUGA